AUGGAAUAUGCCCGUGUUCGGAUAGAGACUAUGAAUGGUUACAGAGAGAUGCGGACAAAUGCGGUACGACUAGAAGUUAGCUCACAUGAAUCUGAUGAGUCAAUUCGGAUAGAAAGAGCAUAUGUUGUUCCUAGUUUGCCUAAGAUUAAGCGAGUGGUACCAGAGGAGAAGCAGCUUCGAUUGUGGCAACAUCUGCAGGGAAUAGACCUGAGGAGAUGUGAAAGUAAGCGAAUAGGACUACUG